AGUCAUUACGGGUGUGUCAGCAUGCUGAACUGGAGCGAUACAGCCGAAACUCCAAAAAUGCAAUUUCGCAUUGCCAUCUGCCUCGCCCUCUUCUCGGUCGCCUCUGCUGAACUCGUGAAGUUUAUUGACUGUGGAUCAGCUGAGGGAAAGGUCAUAACCGUUGAUAUCCAACCAUGUCCGACACAGCCUUGUCAGCUGCACAAAGGACAGUCCUAUGGAGUCAAUGUGACCUUCAGCAGUGCUGUCGAAAGUCAGACAAGUAAAGCGGUGGUGCAUGGGGUGAUCCUGAAGGUGCCUGUCCCCUUCCCCAUCCCGAACGAUGAUGGCUGUCAGUCUGGGAUCACCUGCCCCAUUCAGAAGCAGAAGGUCUACAGCUAUGUCAAUAAGCUGCCUGUCAAGACACAGUACCCCUCGAUCAAACUGGUUGUGGAAUGGGAGCUGAGGGAUGAUUCUGGCAAAGACUUGUUUUGCAUCAAAUUCCCUGUACAGAUCACAAGUUAAAGGAGACAUGGCUGAAAGUAAUGUAAAUGAGGUUCUUAGGCUGCAACAUAUUUGCAGAGGUCUGAUAAGGGAAUAGUUUUGGACACAUAUGAAUUGUCUCAUUUUUAUUAAUGGAUUUUAGUCUCUAAUUGAUCUUAAAUUUUACACCUUUAUUAAAUUGCACAUUAAGUUUUUGAUGUUUAAACUUUUUUUUUCUUAUCACCAUAAAAGAGUAUAAAGAGUGUCUUAAGUUCUUAUGGUUAAUGGUCACGUUGUUGAAACUGCCUUAAUGCUGCCUAAUUGUUCUUCCUUCAUGCUUUUUCCAUAGUGAAUCACUGACCGGAAAAGAACAAACUUUUAGCACAUAGUUAUUUUAACAUGUAUAAUUUAAAUUGUGUGACUUCAUGCUGUUUUUUCACCAGCUGUUAAGAUUUAGACUAGUUAGACUAGCUAAUGUCAGGUGUCCCUGGGGUCUUACACACAGGUAGAAAAUGCACUGGAAGCUUCAUCCAAAGGGAUUGUCAAUAAAUUAUACCUUUUGUAUUUUUGUAAUGUUACUAAAAAUGUAUUUUAAUGUUCACAUUUAAU